UGUGUAAUGUGCAUGACAAAACUGACCUUGCUUUCACUGUAGGAUAGUCACUUCAGCUCAUUCGUUGAUGAACUUACUGAAUACACCACACGCAACAUCCUGGCUGCACCCAUCAUGAAUGGCAAAGACAUAGUAGCCGUCAUUAUGGCUGUCAACAAGACUACUGGUCCCCAUUUCACAGAUGAAGAUGAGGAUCUUUUUUUAAAGUAUCUGAAAGUUGGCUCUCUGAACCUGAAGAUUUUUCAUCUGAGCUACCUUCAUAACUGUGAAACACGAAAAGGACAGCUGCUGUUGUGGUCAGCUAACAAGGUCUUUGAAGAGCUCACAGACAUUGAACGACAGUUUCACAAAGCUUUGUACACCGUACGAGCCUAUCUCAACUGUGACAGGUACUCUGUGGGCCUACUGGACAUGACCAAGGAUAAGGAGUUCUUUGAUAUUUGGCCUGUGUUGAUGGGAGAGCAGCCACCUUAUUCUGGCCCUGUUACUCCAGAUGGAAGGGUAAGCUGCAUUUUUUUUUUUACAAUUCAAAUUACCCCAAAAUCUAAAUUGUUUUAACAUGUGCGAGUACUC